AUGAAAGAAGAAGGGAAGCUGCGACGAGCCCUGACUCUGCUCCUCCUCCUGCUGCUCUCCCUGGCGAACUCGUUUUCUCCCGCGGCGGCGCGGGGUGUGAUUGGGCUCCGGGGGGUCGAAACGCCGGCGAGCCUUCUUCCUCCGAGGAGGCUCCUCCCGAGGGAGCUUCCACCGCCGUCCGGGCCGAGCAAGGGAGGCAAUGAAGUCGGGAACUGA